GAAAUAUAAGAAGAGAAAAAAGUUCAUGCAACCACAAGGGAGCAAAAAAAAGUAAAGCAAAUCAGAUGUCAGCUCAGACGAGUAAAAAAAGACGUUCAUGGAUCUAUUUGUCUGCAAGUAAAGGGAUCAGAGUGGAGCAGGCAGCUGUAGCAUGCUGUAGCUUCUACACACCUAAAAUACUUUUUCUUCCUGAUUCACAACAAUUUCAAUACCAGAAAUACUCAGAAAUACUAUUUUAAUCUUUGUUUUCUAAAUACCUGUCCUCCAUCAUGAGAGAAGAACCUGUAAAAACAAAUGUUCAUGGGAGUGGGUUAAAGCAAAAAAAAAAAAAAAAAACAUGGGGAACACUUACAAUGUUUGGCCAGAAGAUGGCGACAAAACUCCAAAAUGUAAAUAAAACUUCAGCUUUCUGUCACCUGAAAGUGUUUUAUGUUGCUUUUGAUGGUGUCUUUGAUCGACAGAUAUUAACUAAUUAUGGUUAUGGCAGGAAUUUUUUACACACCGGAAAAUGAAAUUAUCUGACAGCAGUUACCCGCGUUUAAAACUCGGAUAUCACAUCCUUUUCAAUCGUCUUCCUGUCGUUCACAGCACUUAAAAAAACUGUCGCCUCUGUCGAGAAUGGUGAUUCAUUUUGCAGCAGAACGUGUUAGUUCCACUUUAGCUUUUUUUUGGCAGAAAGCUGAUUGUUCACUUAUUUACGCAUGAGAUUUUUGGGCAUUUCUGUUUAAAGUCAAAACUCUAUAGCAAAAAAAAAAAAAAGUAAAAAUACACCCUUUAAAUGUAAACUUCGACUAAGUAUUGAACUAUCAGCUGCACGCGCCGUUUUUUCACACAUGGGCUGGACCUAAGUGUGCACGUGAAGCUCGCGCGCGCCCCUUUCUUGUUGCCUUUUUGCUGUGCGUCUCUCAGUCAUCGGACAGAGCUGCUGCACUCCAGGAUUUUAAACAAGGACUUCUCCAUCAGUGGCAAUGGUGACUGACAGAUGAUCUGACAGAGGAAGACAUCAGACGCCGUCUCCGUGCUUUUUAUUAUGGGGUGUUCCUGUUGCAAACAGAAGAAGGCUGCCAAAUCACUGGGCGAAACAUCCGCGGCAGACAAUAGAGACCUGUCUCCUAGCAACACAGAUGGAGGGUCAUUCUGUCCGAGUCGCUACUGUCCCGACCCCACUCAAUCCAUCCCGGACUUCAACCAACCCAACAACAUGCUUUCCAUUACCAACAUGCACCAGCGGGCUGGAUGUAUAUCAAGUGGGGGGGUCACCCUCUUCAUAGCUUUGUAUGACUAUGAUGCUCGCACUGAAGAUGACCUCACUUUCCAGAAAGGAGAGAAGUUUCAAAUCAUCAAUAACACAGAGGGUGAUUGGUGGGAAGCUCGUUCCUUGGACACUGGAAAAUCCGGUUACAUCCCAUCCAACUAUGUAGCUCCUAUUGACUCCAUCCAGGCUGAGGAGUGGUAUUUUGGGAAGAUGGGGCGGAAGGAUGCGGAGAGACAGCUGCUGGGUCAAGGUAAUCCAAGGGGAACUUUCCUCAUCCGAGAGAGCGAGACCACCAAAGGUGCAUACUCUCUGUCCAUCCGCGACUGGGACGACAACAAAGGAGAUCACGUCAAGCAUUAUAAGAUUCGUAAAUUAGACAACGGUGGCUACUACAUCACAACGAGAUCCCAGUUUGACACAGUGCAGCAGCUGGUAGAGCAUUACACAGAGAGAGCGGCAGGACUGUGCUGCCGUUUGAUUGGCAGCUGUAAGCGGGGCAUGCCCAAGCUGGCCGAUUUAUCAGUCAAGACCAAGGAUAUGUGGGAGAUUCCCCGCGAAUCUCUGCAGCUCAUUAAGAAACUGGGCAAUGGGCAGUUUGGAGAAGUCUGGAUGGGCAUGUGGAACGGCACCACCAAGGUAGCAGUGAAGACUCUGAAGCCGGGAACCAUGUCCCCCGAGGCUUUCCUGGAGGAGGCUCAGAUCAUGAAGAGACUCCGGCACGACAAGCUGGUGCAGCUCUACGCCGUCGUGUCUGAGGAGCCCAUCUACAUCAUCACCGAGUUCAUGAGCGAAGGAAGUUUGCUGGACUUCCUGAAGGACGGAGAGGGGCAGAACUUGAAGCUGCCUCAGCUGGUGGACAUGGCAGCGCAGAUUGCAGCUGGAAUGGCAUACAUUGAGCGGAUGAACUACAUCCAUCGUGACUUGAGGGCAGCCAACAUCCUCGUUGGAGACAAUCUGGUGUGCAAGAUUGCUGAUUUUGGCCUGGCGAGGCUCAUCGAGGACAAUGAAUACACAGCCAGACAAGGGGCAAAGUUUCCCAUCAAGUGGACAGCUCCUGAAGCUGCUCUCUACGGACGCUUUACCAUCAAGUCGGAUGUCUGGAGCUUUGGCAUCCUGCUAACUGAGCUCAUCACUAAGGGACGCGUGCCGUACCCAGGGAUGAACAACCGUGAGGUUCUGGAGCAGGUGGAGAGGGGAUACCGGAUGCCCUGUGCCCCAGGCUGCCCGGCCUCACUCCAUGAACUGAUGGUGCAGUGCUGGAGGCGGGAGCCUGAUGAGAGGCACACCUUCGAGUACCUGCAGUCCUUCCUGGAGGAUUAUUUCACCGCCACAGAGCCACAGUAUCAGCCCGGAGAAAACCUGUGACCUAACAUGCAGCUUUGAAAGGAGACAGACAGGCAUACGAAUACAGGGACAGACAUGUUGCAGCACAUUAGCUAUAUUUGUACUGGAUUUACGCUCCUAUGAAGAUACAUAUCAUUGACUUUUUUUAAAAAAGUGUUUUAAAGCCACUUCAUUUCCUGUGAUCACCGAACGGAUCUGUUAUCCCCGUUGACGAGUCUCCACUCUCCUGUUCGGGCCUUGCAGUAAUGUUGCUUUACUCUGUAACCAUGACAACAAGAAACUGAAAGAAGAUGUAGAUGAUUGGGUUGGGGUGGGGGGAGGUCCAGUGGGUACAUGAUCUACUCAGCUGCCAUGUUUGUUGCAGUCGUUUGAUUUCACCUUUGGCAAAGAACAUUUCGGCAGAUUGACGGAUUUCCGAAGAGGAAACAUUUUGUAACAGGGAAACAUGUCAGUGCAACAGGUUGGUUGAUCCAGGAUGACCCUUUCAGGUGUUGCUGGAAACAGCCUCACUUAUUUUGAAAUUUUUUUCCAAUAGGGCUUUUAUUUUUAUUUUUUUCACCCUCCAACGAUUAUAGUUUGUUUCGGAGGUUUUCUUUUAAUAUAAGUUAAGGACUUAUCCGUCAGUACAAAAGCAUAGUAAAGAUGUUGUAAAGGCUGAUAACCAAUAAAACAACAAAUGUCUAAUAGAUUAUGAUGGGCUUUUAUUUUGAACUCCAGAAAAUUAUUCCUUUAAACAUUUGUAAUUUUAUGACCCAUGUGGAUCAAUCUGAUUAUAUGCAAAAACAUUUACAGCGUUCACUCUUCGGCAGGAAGUUGAGCCAAGAAAUAAUUUCAAGUUAAUUGCUAUUUCGAUUAAGAAAAACAGGCAUACAUGUUGGCGUUUUUCUUUUUUUUUUCACUAAUUUCCACCCUGCUGCCAAAACAUGCCUUAAUUACUGUGCUUAAAAAGUCUGAGGAGAAGACGGCGUGCGCUUUACACGUUUGACAAGUUUCUGCAGCAGUUUUGUAUGAGCGGUGUCUUUAUCUUUCUAAUUUAACUCAGUUGUGCAAUGGAAACGAUGCGAUAUCAAGUCAACUUUUUUUGAUCCCUGUGAAGUUUGGUGGGCAAAGUGCCACACAUGAAGGGGAAAACAUAUGGAGAGAGUGCUUUAAAUGAUGUUUUCCCUCACAAGAAUGUAACCGUUACAUGUCAUUUCCUCAAUAAAAAUUAGAUAUCUUUAUUUCCAA